GCGUCAGCACCAAAGCGCAGCUUUGCAUCCUCCAGUUCAGUUAUUCGCGCGUUUUCGUGCCGAACGCAAGGAUCGGGCUCCUGAAACUGAAAUUAUUUCCGACAAAGGUUCAGUUGGUGCGCGUUUGUGGGAAUUUUUAAAAGUGUGUUAAGAUAAUCCUGGUUAUGAGGAUAUCCAGGAUAAUGGCAGAAAAAUAAUGGACGUCGCAUCUAUAAAACUCGAACAGUUAAUUAAACGCGUUUGUGGUUCGAGUGAUUAAUUCGAAAAUUAAAAAGUGAACAAUAUGGCAUUCGAUUAUUCGCCUAGAGAUUUAGAAGUGAUAGCACUGCGGCAACUUGAAUGCGACGAAAUUAUAAAUAAAUCGAGCAACAUUUUAGGACGUUACUGUCCAGGAAGAUUUGAUGGUUGGUCUUGUUGGCCUAGCACUCCAGCUGGAGAAAUAGCCAAUCAAUCCUGUCCAGAGAUAUUGAACUACGACCCCAACCGUCUCGUCUUCUACAAAUGCGAGAAAGACGGUGAAUGGAACUUUAAUGAACAAUUUAAUAAAAGUUGGGUAAAUUACACCACCUGUAUUAACAUCGAAGAUUUUGAAUUUCGCCAACAGAUCAUAUUGAUAUACUGCGUAGGAUACGGAGUGUCUCUGGUGGCUCUUCUUGUGUCACUUGCCCUCCUCACUUACUUCAAGUCAUUAAGAUGUGCCCGAAUUACAGUCCACAUGAAUUUAUUCUCCUCAUUCGCAAUGAACAACUUUUUGUGGCUGUUGUGGUACAGUUUGGUGGUUAAUGACCAGGACGUCCUCCACGAAAACAAGUUAUGGUGCCGUGUCCUGCACGUCGUCCUCUUCACCUUCCUCAUUUCAAAUUAUUCAUGGAUGUUGUGCGAAGGCAUCUAUCUCCACACCGUGCUGGUAUCUGCUUUUAUAUCAGAAAGGCGUCUCCUGCGUUGUAUGUUAGCAUUAGGUUGGGGCAUUCCUCUCCUGACAACCUCCAUUUACGCUCCUGUGAGGAGCGUCUUGGGAGAGAAUGUAGACGAGCUGGGGAGAUGUUGGACUCAAGACGGCCGCUUUAACAAAAUCCUGAUGGUGCCAGUGGUCAUUACCGUAUUCCUCAACGUGAUAUUUCUGGUCAACAUUGUCAGAGUUCUCCUAAUUAAAUUAAGAAAGGGUCCAGCUAAUGGCGGAUCGGGAUCAGGAGCAUCCAGAACUUCUCUCCAAGCUCUCAGAGCUACAAUGUUGCUGGUGCCACUGUUAGGCUUGAAUUUCCUUUUAACUCCGUUUAGGCCGGAGGCGAACCACCCAUGGGAGUAUGUUUAUGAAGUUGUUUCAGCGUUGACGGCUUCUCUACAGGGUCUUUGUGUGGCUAUUCUGUUCUGCUUCUGUAACGGAGAGGUUAUAGCCCAAGUUAAAAGGAAGUGGCGGACUAUCAUGUUCCGUCCAAGAGCAAAUUCUUGCACAGUCACCACCGUAUCGGUACGUAAGUUCGUUCGCUCAUCGUAUCCUGCAAAUGGAGAGGAAAAGGUAUGACUGGGGGCAAUCGGCCGUCGAGCCUCAAACUGGAUGGCUGCCCGAAGAGCUUCAACAGUAAUCGUCCGAAACAUAGGAGAAACAACUGCUCAGUGCGUUUGAAAUUGAUGAAAAUGGACCCAAUUGUAUUAACAUUUUUGUACUAUUUAUUGUGGUUGUAGGAAAAAAUAAAUGUUUGUAAAAUUCGUAA